AAUGAAACUUUUAGAAGCUUCGGUGAUUUUGGAAGUGCAUCCGCAUGAUCAUAGAAUUAUUUUAGUUGCGGGCAAAGUUCACAAAAUAUUACCACGUCUCAUUCGUCUGGUGUGCCCAACCACAUUUUCCUGCGCGGUGGAGUGAGAAGGAAAAUGCACGGAGGCAGUGAAUAAGCUGAAAACGUCUCUGUGAUGAUUCCAGAGGUCAUCCAGAAGGUUCAACUUGGGUAUAUACAUACAGAUUAGGCUCCGAAUCAUGCUGUGAAAAGGGAAGGGAUCCACCCGGGAAUCCAACGAUCGUGCUGUUCAGUUCAGCUCCAGCUGUGGUGAAGGAUUGUGUGCUUUCAGCAACUUAAAAACUCUCACACUUUCUCCGUCGUCUUGUCUACUUUUGUGCUUUUUCUCUUCGUAUAAAUUAAAAUAUUUUUUUUGAUCAUUUAAGAGAACCUUAAAGAUCCCUAAAAGUAACUUUUGUUGUUGGUGAAAGAUUGUACCAUCUUUGUGAGCGUCAAAGUGGCCGUGGCAAUUGAAGAGGAAUUUUCCGUUGUAGUUGCAAAGUGCAAGAAGUAGCCAAAGAAUGGCUGGUGGUCAGAUAAAACGACGCAAUUCGGGAUUACCGAGGAUGGAAGCUGUGGCAAGAAUUGGGAGUAUCCCGAUUGUUGAGACGAGCCUCAAGACGGCCGAAACGGUGUAUUCGCGCAUUAAGAGGAGCAACACCCUCUUCAAUUGGUACUUUAGCACUGCUGAAGCCACCCUCUGGGCUGCCGUGGACUCCAUUAAGCCAGCCGCACGAAUUGUGGAGGGGCCACUGAAUAAAAUUGACAAUCUCAUGUGCAAGAGCCUGGACAUUGUGGAGCAGAGAGUACCAAUCGUCUAUCUUCCACCACAAGUUGCAUACUACAACACCAAAGAAUACAUGUCUGACCAUUUGGUGCGUCCUGUGAUUCGACGUGCUAAUUCAGUGAAGGAGUUUGGGCAUUCGGUGAUGGACAGCAAAGUAUCCAAUUACGCUGCGGACAAAAUCGAUGGCGCUAUUGAGAGGGCGGACAAGUACGUGGAGCGUUUCCUCCCGGAACAGAAUGGACAAGAUGAGGUUGACUUGGACAAUAACAAGAACAAUGAGGACGAUAGCAAGGAGAUUCACGUGAUUCAGACAAUUCAUCGUGGACAGAGAUUUUCCCGGAAGCUCAAGCGUCGUCUCACGAAGCGUACGAUUCUGGAGGCACGUGCCCUGAAGAAGCAGAGCGUCGAGGCUAUUCACAUUCUCGUCUAUGCGGCUGAAUUGAUGGUAACGGACCCCAAGAUGGCGCUUCAACGUGCCCAGGAGCUGUGGGCAUACCUCAGUGAGAAUGAACCGGAGAAUCAGGCACGUCCGGAGACACUUGAGCAGCUUCUGGUACUGAUUACGCGCGAGACUGCACGUCGUGUUGUGCAUUUUAUCAAUUUUACCGUGACCACGGUGAAUAAAAUGCCGAAGACGGCAAAAUCAAAGGCCACGGAGAUGAUUCAUCACUUUAUCUACAUCACCAACUCCGUCAUCCACAUGGCGCACCUCGAUAAGGUUAAAGUGAGGGUGGUCAAGGGUGCCAAUGGGGUCUACGAGAGAGUCUACAAUGUCUACGAAGCAAUUCAGCGGUAUGCCACGAAUGCUCUUGAACGCUUGGCUAUCUUUCUUUCGGGGCGCCUCGAGGCCGAAAAGAUCACGUCAAGUCCGCGACGUCGGCUCCCAGCGGGCACCAAUAAUAAUCAAAUGCAUAACAACAUCAAUGGAGUCUAUUAGUGCCGCUGUGUCAUUCCUCUUCAUCUACACUGUCCUCCUACUAACCUUUCUUCACUACCAGCGGCACUUUAUGAAGAUAACUCUUGUGGCUCUGUAAGUAAACUUUCCUCUCAUUUCCUUUACUAAUUUUUUUUCCUUUUUUUAUACUUUCUUUUUUUUUCUUGAGUCCUCUGCUGACUUUUCUUCUCUUUUUUUAAACUUUUCUCUGAUCACGUCUUGUUCCAGCUUAGAGUGUUAUUUAAAUGACAAUCUGUUAAGGAUUUGUGGGAUUGAAGAGCAUUAAAACAAAAUAAUAAAUCAAAAAGAAAUUCUCGAUCUUGAAUUUAAUAUUCAAAUUGAUCUUACAUUGAAGCUCCACCUCUCUAUGCGAUAGCCAAUAAAAUUACUCAAUUAUCAGAUAAUUAGAGCUUUCUAUUUAAGUAUCAGAUUUUUCUCUAUUCAUUUACAAUUUACCUGUAAAUUUUAUUCAUUUUAUUGUAGAUUUAUGCGUUCUAUCUAAAGGUAGAGCUUCUGUGCAAAAAACUGUUUGAAAAAAGCUCUCAUUUCUUACCUAAACUAAAGCUCCUCCAAGUCUGCAGAGGACUUACCUUUUUCUCUUCCCUCUCUCUCUUAUAUUAACUCUCAAUGUAUAAACAUUAUUCUUAAACAAAAAAAAAUACGCUGAUGUUGCGGCUUAAACUCGGGAUUCAGCAGCAAAUUCAAUAAUCGUGUUCUUAUCACAAAUAAAAGGUUUUUUUUGGUUUAUCAAAA